UGACGUGUACAGUCUGGGCGCUCUGACGUGAGAAACUUCCGCUCUGACUCCCACUGUCUGGAACGCUCCGUGUCCACCUCUUGGAGUCUCUCCUCGGUGUCCCAGAGUUCUGGCCUCUGCGUCCUCGACCGCUACGAGGGGAAAAUGCCGAAGAAGAAGACUGGUGCUAGGAAGAAGGCGGAGAACCGGCGAGAGCGGGAGAAGCAGCUCAGAGCAUCAAGAAGCACCGUAGACUUAGCCAAGCACCCAUGCAACGCUUCCAUGGAAUGCGACAAGUGCCAGAGGCGGCAGAAGAAUAGAGCAUUUUGCUAUUUUUGUAAUUCUGUUCAGAAGUUACCAAUUUGUGCACAGUGUGGAAAAACAAAGUGCAUGAUGAAGUCUUCAGACUGUGUCAUCAAGCAUGCUGGUGUCUACAGUACUGGCCUCGCUAUGGUGGGUGCAAUAUGUGACUUUUGUGAAGCUUGGGUUUGCCACGGAAGGAAGUGUCUUAGCACUCAUGCCUGUGCCUGCCCACUCACCGAUGCAGAAUGUGUGGAAUGUGAGCGUGGGGUCUGGGACCAUGGAGGCAGAAUAUUCAGCUGUUCGUUUUGUCAUAAUUUUCUUUGUGAAGAUGAUCAGUUUGAGCAUCAAGCCAGCUGCCAAGUUUUAGAAGCAGAAACAUUUAAAUGUGUUUCCUGCAACCGGCUUGGCCAGCAUUCGUGUCUCCGAUGUAAGGCCUGUUUCUGUGAUGAACAUACAAGAAGCAAGGUGUUUAAACAGGAAAAAGGGAAACAACCUCCUUGCCCAAAGUGUGGACAUGAAACUCAGGAGACGAAGGAUCUCAGCAUGUCAACUCGCUCCUUGAAGUUUGGCCGGCAGACUGGAGGUGAGGAGGGAGAUGGAGCUUCUGGGUAUGAUGCCUACUGGAAAAACCUGUCAUCUGACAAGUAUGGAGAUACUGGAUACCAUGAUGAUGAGGAGGAAGAGGAGGAAGAGGAGGAGGAGGAAGAGGAUGGGAAGGACUCGGAUACCGAGUCAUCAGAACUGUUCACUAGUUUGAACUUAGGAAGGACCUAUGCCAGUGGCUAUGCUCAUUAUGAGGAGCAAGAGAACUAGGAGCAGUUCCCACUGACACUUGUGAGAAGAGCAGACUGAAUCAUGAGGAUGCUCAGACGUCCUCUCCCUUGGCCUUGUCCAGAAGGCUAGUCACACUAGGCUCAGGGUAGGUUCUGGGUGUUUAUAGGAACUGAUAUUGGACUUCUAGUGUAGAAGUGAGUUAAAUGUAAGGCAAACAGAGUAUCAUGGAUCAUUACUUCUUUCAGUCACCUAGUAGGCUUUACCAAUUAGAUGCAUAUAAACUACACGAUAAAGGAGUAGAAAGGAAAUAUAUUUAUUUGAAAUUAAAUUGCUGUUUUUAUUAAAAGUACUGCUUAUAAACUCAUGUAUCUGAUUUUAGAAAGUGUAACGGGUAAAAUUGGUGUAUUCUUCCAUUUAUUUCAGCCCAUACAAUGAUAGUCAUAUUGUGUUCUGAAUUUUCACUCACUGUUUAUGCUGUCUUAAGUAGUCAUGUCUGUGUUAGCGGUGGACACGUUCCCUGUUUUCUUACAAUGAAUGUCCUCACCAAUGCUUGUUAAUGCCUCACUGUUUGACAGACAUCUAGCCGUUUUCAUACAUGUGAUGCCAGGACUGAUGUUGCUGCUUCCCCUGGGAAUCCCAUUUUUAAAUAAAUCUAAGAUUAUACUUGAAAACUUUCAA